AUGGCAGACACUCACACUCACGGCGAGAAGGCGCAGGUGUCCACGAUGGAGAACACCACGCCCGUGGUUGCUGGCGGGUUUGGCAAGACGGCCGCUAAUGAAGGAGCCAAGACGAAGCAAGUGUUUAACGCUGAGCUUGCCGCAGCUCUCGAGGAGACUAAGAUUGAAAGAUGGAGCAAGACCUCCAUCCACCUGUACUUUUGCAUCUUCGUGGCCUUCUGCUGUGCCUGCGCCAACGGAUAUGACGGUUCCCUGAUGGGCUCCGUCCUGGCCAUGGACCACUACCAAAAAGUGUUCAACACCGGAAUGGACGGACCCAAGGUGUCUCUCGUCACCUCUCUCUACACAGUGUACGUGCUCAUCAACUCAGAAACCAUAUCCCUUCUAACAGUUGCCGUUUCCAGUGGAUCUAUCGUCGCCACCCCCUUCAGUGCCGUCAUCUCCGAUAACCUGGGUCGUCGCAAGUGCAUGUUCGUCGGCGCUUGGAUUAUUAUCGCUGGUGCUAUCAUCAUCUCGACUGCCUACCAUCUCCCCCAGUUCGUGGUUGGCCGUUUCAUCCUCGGAAUGGGCAUUCAGGUCAUGGUGGUGUCCGCUCCUGCGUACGCCGUCGAGAUCUCUCCGCCUCACUGGCGUGGUCGUGCCGUCGGUUUCUACAACUGCGGUUGGUUCGGUGGUUCCAUUCCCGCCGCUGCUGUUACCUUCGGCACCAACUACAUCGACAGCGACUACUCGUGGCGUGUACCUUUUAUCCUUCAGUGCUUCGCCUGCGUCAUCGUCAUCGUCGCUGUUUGGUUCAUCCCCGAGUCGCCCCGUUGGCUCAUGGCCAAUGACCGUGAGGAGGAGGCCGUCGCUUUCCUGACCAAGUAUCACGGCAACGGUGACCCCAAUGCCCGCCUGGUGCGUCUGGAGAUUGAGGAAAUGAGGGAGGGUAUCCGGAUUGACGGUAUUGAUAAGAGAUGGUGGGACUACCGUCCGUUCAUCUUCACCCACAGCGGCCGCUGGCGUUUCCUCCAGGUCAUGAUGAUCUCAGUCUUUGGACAGUGGUCCGGAAACGGUCUCGGUUACUUCAACCCUACCAUCUACAAGUCGCUCGGCUACACCUCCAGCUCCAUCCAGCUGCUGCUCAACCUGGUCAACUCGAUUGUCUCCGCCAUCGGUGCCCUGACCGCUGUGCACUUUACUGAUAAGAUGCCCCGUCGCAAGGUCCUUGUGUUUGGAACCUUUGCCUGCGCUGUCACCAUGGCUAUCAACGCCGGUGUCUCUCAGCCCAUGAUCGGCCCCAAGGCGCGCGGCGAGCCCAUCAACAAGACCUUCGGCCAGACCGCGCUGGCCUUCUACUACCUCUUCAACUUUGUCUUCUCCUUCACCUACACUCCCCUUCAGGGUGUCAUUCCCGCCGAAGCUCUCGAGACCACCACCCGUGCCAAGGGUCUCGCACUGUCCGGGUUCAUGGUCAGCACCAUCAGUUUCAUCAGCCAGUACGCCACGCCCAUCGGCCUGGCCAACAUUUCCACCAACUACCUGUGGGUGUUUGUCGGUUGGGAUCUGGUCGAGACUCUCUGUUGGUAUCUCUUUGGUGUCGAAUCUCAGGGCCGUACCCUCGAAGAACUCGAAUGGGUCUACCAGCAGCCCAAGCCCGUCAAGGCCUCGCUGCAUGUCGAGAAGAUCGUCGUCCAGGCUGACGGUCGCGUCACCGAGAAGAUCACCGAUGAUGCGAAGGCCGCCCACGCAGGGGCUAUGCUGGGUUUUAUGCUGUUCUUUAUCCGGAAUGUUGAGCAUUCUGUGUCUCCCUUCACUUUGGUCUAUUCUUCAUGGUACUAUUGA